AUGCAAUCUGACGCUCAAGGGACUUCUAUAGUAGACAAAAUGAUCCUCCGAUGCUCCAAAUUACUGCGCCCCUGCACAUUGUUGAAGACCAUGGUGUCCACACGGAUCUUGUGUGAACCUACAGCCAGUGCAGCUCCAGACUCCGGACCUAUAGAGAGAGUUCUUCAUCACACUCCUGUUAUGCUCAAAGAGGUGCCGCAUUAUUUGGACCUUCAACCAAAGCAGAUUUUCCUCGAUAUGACAUUUGGAGGUGGUGGUCAUUCAAAGGCGGUUCUUAAGACUCUUCCAGAAGUCACAGUUCUAGCAGCAGACAGAGAUCCCUCAGCCAUUAAUUUGGCAAAAGACUUAGCCGAGGAAUACCCUGGAUGUGUUAAGCCGAUCUUGGGUCGCUUCAGUGAGCUCCGGGCGCUCCUGUCGGACAUGAAGAUAGAGGACGGCAGUGUAGACGCGGUGCUGCUAGAUGCUGGCUGCUCCUCCAUGCAGAUGGACCAGGCACAGAGAGGCUUUGCUCUGAGCAAAGAUGGGCCCCUGGACAUGAGGAUGGAUGGAGACAGGUACCCUGACAUGCCCUGCGCAGCUGACGUUGUGAAUACCUUAGAUCAACAGGCUCUCGCAUCCAUCCUCAGCGCAUACGGCGAGGAGAAGCGCGCCUGGAAAAUCGCUUCAGCCAUAAUAGAAGCACGCCGGUCCAGCCCUAUCAACACAACUCAGCAGCUGGCCAGAGUGGUCGCAGGAGCCUUCCCUGCCGCUGCGAUGUAUGCUCGCAAAGACAGACUCAACCGUCCCUCACAUGUGGCAACUAAGACAUUCCAGGCUCUGCGCAUCUUUGUGAACGAUGAGAUGAAGGAGCUGCAUGCUGGUCUGCUGGCCGCUCGGAGCGCUCUGAGGCCGGGGGGACGGCUGGUCGUGAUCACCUUCCAUUCUCUUGAGGACAGACUGGUCAAAAGUCGAAGAAGAGAGAGCAGGCCUGCUGGGCCCAAAGCUAAAGGGCUUUGCUACAAUAUACUCCCAGCAGGCAUGAACUCCCGUGAUUGGAGCAAACCCGGGACCAACGUGCCCAUACCGCAACCAAACGGCAAAGACGGAGGUCCACAAGUCAUCAAAAGGUGGAUGCGGGGCCACCUCUCCCAAGAGGGCCAGCGCAUCCCCAUCCUGCAAGAUAGUAGAGGAGAGAGGAAGAACCAAAAUUGA